AUGUCCGAAAACAGUAAACAAGAACCACCUUUGCAAACCAUGAGUGGUAUGCCACCGAAUCACAACCCUUGGAUGUAUGGUCUAUAUAAUCAAUACAACGGGUUUCAAGGAGGGGUGUUUCCCAAUUUUUAUAAUCAACAACAGUAUUAUAAUCAAAUGGCCAACGGCAACUUUCACGAUGCACACCAAUUUCCGUCGAACAAAAAUUCAAAUCCAGAAUUUGGUCAACCACAAUUCUCAGUGCCUCCGCCCCCGUUGUUAGGAAUGUCUCCACUUGAUACCAACCGACCAUUCUUCAAUCAAUCGCCAAUCAGGUUUAAUCUUAAUACUAAUCGUAAAUCUGCACCUAUUCCUCCUAAUGAAAACCCUCUUUUAAAUAAUAAUAAUAACAACAACAACAGUAGCAACAAAAAGAAGCGUAAAAAAGGAGGUAACCAUAAUAAGAUUGGGUCACAAUUGCCGCCUCUACCUGACCAUCCGCCACCAUUGCCUCCUUGUCCACCACCAGAGGAACUUCCUAAACCUCCCCCACCUCCACCUCCUUUAGAUGUUCCUCUGCCUCCACCUUUAGCAACAGAGGACAUUCCAGAGCCUUUUGAAGAACCUAAGGAUUCUACUGAUAAUGAGGAACCAACAACUUUUAAUAGUGAGUCAUCAAGUUUCUUACAAAAUUCAUCCAUCCAAACAUCAGCAGGAUCGUGGCCUGAAAGUUUGGAGCGUUAUAUUAAAAGGUGUUAUGAAAAAUGCAAAACAUGUUUUGAUCGUGAUCAGAUUGAUAUUUGCUUAAAAGGACGAAUAACAGCUGCAGCAAAUAAAGAUGAAAUAUGGACUAGAAAUUGGGAUGAUGAACCUAUCCCUAGUGUGUACAGCGAAAGAAAUAAUUUACAAGUUAAACCUGUUCAAGGGACAUUAAAUCUUUAUCAAAAAAAUGAAAAUUCUCAAGUAAAUAAACUUAAGCAAAUAUUAGCAGCAAAAGCUUAUUUUACUAAAACUCCUCAAAGAAGGCGGCGUCAACACUCAAACAGCAGUUCAAGAAGUCCUUCCAAAAAAAGGCACAGUACCUCAUCUGCUUCUGGUGAUGAAGUUGAGGAAAAAAAAACCUUUAAAAAUAAGAGUAAACUAAAAGUUAAAGACCGUUUGUCAUUGGAUUCUAAGAAGAAUGAUAAGUAUCAAAAGAAGGCUAAGAAGGUAGCUUAUCAAUUUCAUAUUGACGAAUCUCAAGGUAGUGCAGAAAAACUUCAAAAAAGAGCAGAGAGAUUUGCAAAUAGUAAUAUUCCCUCUAUUGCCAGUUCUUUACAAGUUAAUUCAAAUAGGGAACUAAAUCCUAGGAAAUCUAUAGUAGUAGAUACUGAGGGUGAUUAUGAGCUUAAUAAUAUACACAUAGUAGGUACCUGUACAGAAAUUGAAAAGUCGUUUUUAAGGCUAACUAGAGCACCAGAAGCAUGUGAGGUUCGGCCUAUUAAUAUCCUGAAGUUUUCUCUUCGAAAUGUAAAAGACAGAUGGAUUGAGAAACAGGACUAUAGAUAUGCUUGUGACCAAUUGAAAUCCAUACGUCAAGAUUUAACGGUACAAGGUGUAAGAGACAGUUUUACUGUAGAAGUUUAUGAAACACAUGCAAGAAUAGCAUUAGAAAAAGGAGAUCAUGAAGAAUUCAAUCAAUGCCAAACACAAUUAAAAAUGUUAUAUUCUGAAUUGCCUAAUAGUAGAGCAAAUGCAGCUGAAUUUACUGCAUAUAGAAUUCUGUAUUACCUUUUUACUAAAAAUACUUUAGAUUUAACCACAAUAUUUAAGUUUUUAUCAAAGGAGGAUAGAGAAAACGAGUGUAUAAAGCAUGCCCUAAAAACUCGAUGUGCAUGGGCUACUGGCAACCUUCACAAAUUUUUCUUGCUAUACAAAACAGCUCCACUCAUGGCUGGCUAUCUUAUGGACUGGUUUGUGGACAGGGAACGGAAGCAAUACCUGAAAUACAUCAUUAAGUCCUACAGACAAAGUGUUCCUGUGGACUUCAUCACUCGGGAGCUGGCGUUUGAUUCACCUUCUAAGGCUUCUGAAUUCCUAAAUCAGUUUCCACUAUCUUACACUGGUUGUGACCAGACUCAAAUAGAUUGCAAAGCCAGCCUUCCAGCUGUUGCAAAUAUAUAA